AUGUCGUCUCUCUUCGGAUCCAGCGGUGCCGCCACCACUUCCCAGCAGCAGAAGGAGCAGCUCAAGCAGCAGAUCCAGCAGGAGCUUGCUGUUGCCGGUGCUCAGCAGCUCAUCAACAAGAUCACUGAGAACUGCUUCGCCAAGUGCAUCACCCGCCCCGGCACCUCGCUCGGCGCCUCUGACGAGCGCUGCCUCACCCAGUGCAUGACCCUCUACAUGGCCGCCUUCGACCAGGUCUCGCGCUCCUACGUCGCCCGUGUCUCCAAGGAGCGCAACGCUGCCCAGCAGUAA